AUCUUUUUCAGCGAAGUCCUGCAGGCCAGACGCCGUCUUUCAUCUAAGUCGCAGGCAGCAAUUAUAGGACGACGACAAUGAAGCAGGUCAUAGAAGUCAGCGUGGUGCCCCCGCCCCUACCGCAAAAUUGGACACCCCCGGAGUCCUCGUCAAAAUCUAUCUCGCCUUUAGUCGAGCGGAAACUAUUGCCGGCAGGUCAUGCGUAUCUUGGGCACGUACGUAGAGCCAUCCACAAACUAUCCUUUGAAGAGCACGACAAGCAUGCGGAGGAGGAGCGGAAGCGGCUUCAGGCCCUGGACGGAGAGGGUGGUAUAGAGGAUGAUUUAGGUGUGGGCGAUGAGCCUGAGACGGAGGAGUUGCUGUCCUUGGAUCCGAAGGAAUGGAAGAAACAAGAUCACUACGCUGUCCUGGGUCUAUCCCACUUACGAUACAAGGCUACCGACGCGCAAAUAAAAGUUGCUCACCGGAAGAAAGUGCUCAAGCACCAUCCAGACAAGAAAGCAGGCGCCGCCGGUGACUCCAACGACGACGCGUUCUUCAAAUGUAUACAAAAAGCACACGAGGUCCUGUCGAAUCCGGAGAAGCGCCGACAAUUCGACUCCGUGGACCCGUACUUCAGUCUCAUCGAGGACGACGUUCCCACCGCCUCCCAGAUCACGAAAGCCAGGGACCCUGUCCGCGCGUUCUUCAAGGGCUUCGGGCCCGUCUUCGAGCGCGAAGCUCGGUUUAGUAAGAUCCAGCCUGUGCCUAUGCUGGGCGACGUGGACGACCCCAAGGAGAAGGUGGAGGCUUUCUACGACUUCUGGUACAACUUUGACAGCUGGAGAAGCUUCGAGUACCUGGACAAAGAGGUCAACGAAGGCAGUGAUAGUCGAGACGACAAACGGUACACCGAGAAGAAAAACAAGACCGAGCGAGCGCGACGAAAGAAGGAGGACACCGCGCGCCUGCGGAACAUCGUGGAUCUAGCUCUGAGUGUGGACCCUCGCAUUAAGCGGAUCAAGGAGGAGGAGAAGGCUGCCCGAGAAGCGAAGAAGAAGGCUAAAUCGGGCGGUGGAGCUGCUCCCGACGCCCAGCAGAAGGCGAAGGAAGAGGAGGAGAAGCGGAAGGCUGAGGAGGCAGCGAAGAAGGAGGAGGAAGAGAAGGCGCGUGCUGAGGCCAAGAAGGCAAAGGCUGCUGCCGCCAAUGCGAGAAAGAAGGCACGAAGGGCUGAACGUGCGGGUGCGGAAGGAGGGUCAUAGAACGUUCUAUCUCUGCCAUCGUUCUGAGUGCUGUGCGUGUGGAUAUGAGCGUGUCUGCGCCGCUUAGCUGUACUGCCUCCUCAUCCUGCCUCCGCCGAAUAUUAUAGAUAGCACCUCGCAACGUUUCCGUGCGACGCGCUGGAAGAUGUCGGAGCAGGCAUAUGCCCCCCCUCAUGAGGGCUAAUGGCGAUAUUGCCUCCCGGCUAGAGUGGACUUAUACGUACUUGUUUACAGUUGUUGC